GAGGAUUGUGAUUUAUUGAGCUCAUUGAGCUGAACUGUUCUGAUGUUAUGGAGAACAUUUACGCUAAUGUUGGUGUGGACAACAUCAUUCGGCGUGAUACCAAAAUUGAAGAAAAUAACAUAAACUCCAAAGACAAGCGUAACCACAUUAGAUGUGCUGCAGUGUGUCUGGGGCUGUUGUGUGUUCUUCUACUGGCUGCGAUCAUUGGUGUUUGUGUUCACUACAACAACGUGACACAUGAAUUUCAGAAGGGGCAGACUUUGCUACAGACAGAGAGAGAUGAGCUACAGACAGAGCGAGACCAGCUACAGUCAGAGAGAAACAAGCUAAAGACAGAGCGAGACCAGCUACAGUCAGAGAGAAACAAACUAAAGACAGAGAGAGACCAGCUACUGACCGAGAGAAAUGGCCGUAGAAACAAAAUGAACAUUCUGGAGCGUAACUUUAAACUUGGAUGGAUUCAUUUUCAAUCAAGUUUGUACCUUUUCUCAACUGUGAAGAAAACUUGGGAGCAGAGUAGACAGGACUGUCAAACAAAAAGUGCAUACUUGGUGAUCAUUAAUAACCAAGCAGAACAGAAUUUUAUUCAUGGACUGAAGGAGAGGUUGUGGAUUGGUCUAUUUUACCAGGAGAAGUCAUGGAAAUGGGUGGAUGGAACAUCACCUACCAAAGAGUACUGGGCGCCUGGAGAGCCUAACAAUAAUGGCAAAAUAGAGCAUUGUGCUGAGAGAAGAUACACUUCCUCUAAACCAGAGGAGAGCUGGAAUGAUAACGCAUGUAAUGAAGAAAUACAUUUUCUCUGUGAGAAAGCAGUUGGUCUAUAACUCAGAAUUGCAUGAAUUAAGAUGGUAUUUUCAACAUAAUAUGAAUGAAACUUCAAGUAAUAUAGGCCUAAUGUAUAUGUUUUAGUAGCACCACCUUAGUAGCAAACAAAUAAAACAAAAAUAUAUUUCGGUUUUGGGGUUUUCAUACGUCUACAAAUUUGUUUUGAAUAUUGUUUGAAUAAUGCAGUGACUCACCCAGACUUGGAAAUAGAAGAAGAUACACACCAAUGCACAUCUAAGUCUAAGUUAUGAACCAAAGCAUUACAAAACCUACAACACCCAUCUAACAAAGAUUUGGAUCCACAUCCACUCUGCCAGCUUAAACCAUCAGGGCGUAGUGUUAAGGCCAAGGGGGGUUGUGGACAGAUAAUGAAGUGUGGAGCUAAGUAACUGUGGUGUCCCUGCCAAGGCCUAAUUACACAUUUAUCCACUGGUAUAUAUCACAGUUACAGGGUGUCAACAGGCUGCCAUGACUCACAGCUGGUAC